UUCUUCGGCCACUUAAAUGACUUUUGAGUCAAAUUAUGAAAACCCCAAUUACCUAGACGGUGUCACCUGAUUUUGCCUGUUGGUUAAAGUGUCUAGGAGUAAGUAUAAGAAGGCAAAGAGGCCCAUUAGUGAAAUCCUCCCCCUCCUCCUGUAUUCCUGGCAAAUGGGUGUAGAUCAUGACCUUUCUUGCUCUACCCCUGCCCUCACACAGGGAUACAACUGUCCUACAAUUUUGGGGCUUCAGCCCGUAGCUCUGGUGGAUCAUGUUGCCAGGGUAGACUGGACCUUGCUAGAUUCCAUUCCAGGAGAGCGAGGUGGCUCUCAGAGAGUGACAGUGGAGGAGCUGGAGCAUAUAUUAGCUGAAGUGAGUAUGCAUAUGCUUCCAUAUUCAGAAAAUAUCUCUCCAAUUAGAACAAUUGCUGGUGGUAGCGUUGCAAACACCAUUCGAGGCCUGGCGGCAGGCUUUGGGAUUUCUUGUGCCAUAGUGGGGGCAUGUGGUGAUGAUGACCAAGGACAGAUGUUUGUAAAAAACAUGGAGACAUCAGGGGUCAAUCUUUCACGGUUAAGAAUCAAAACAGGGCCCACAGGACAGUGUGCAUGCCUGGUAGAUGCUAAAGGCAACCGCACAAUGCGUACAUGCCUGUCUGAUGCAGUGAGACUCCAGACUAACGAGUUAAAUGCUGAUGAUUUUAGAGGAUCUAAGUGGGUUGUGCUCAAUGGAUAUGGAUUCUAUGGGCAAGAGUUGGUGGAGAAAUCUGUUUGUUUGGCAAAGCAGGCGGGUGCAUUUGUGUCAAUGGAUUUAGCCAGUUUUGAGGUGGUUCGGAACUUUAGACCACAACUGCUAGAUUUGUUGAAGUCUGGGCAGAUAGAUCUUUGUUUUGCUAAUGAAGAUGAAGCAAGAGAAUUGAUGAGGGAUGAGCCUGACAGAGAUGCUGAGUCUGCUUUGGCACUUUUGGGAAAAUAUUGCUCUUGGGCUGUAGUAAUGCUUGGUCCCAAGGGUUGCAUUGCUCGACAUGGAAAUGAGACUGCUCGAGUUCUGGCGAUUGAGGGUACAAAUGUCAUUGAUACUACCGGUGCUGGGGAUUUAUUUGCAAGUGGUUUUCUUUAUGGAAUGAUAAAAGGCUUGCCAUUAGCAGAUUGCUGCAAAAUAGGCUGCUGUACUGGUGGAGCUGUCGUGCGUGCACUUGGUGGGGAGGUUGAGCCAGAGAGCUGGCUGUGGGCUUCUGGGCAAAUGCAGAGUCUUGGGCUUCCAACUCCAGAAUUUGCAAAUGCAGAGUGUUCUAUUCGAAGUUCAGCUCAGUAAUUAUUUUUGCAAGUUAGUGGAGAAGUUGUCAAAUCUCCACCUUGUUUUUGAGUUUUGAAAGAGCUAUCAAGUGGUUAAGUUAGUUUCAGUUUUGAUGAAAUAUUAUUUCAUCAAGCAAGUAAGACAAUGGCAAUAGUGCAAAGAUGUAGGAAUGACAUAAUAGUUGAGAAAUGUUUAGAGUACUGAAAAUGAAUAUUCAUGCGGGGAAAGAAUCUUUGGAUAUUUAUUUUGAAAUUCAAGCCUGGGAGCAAAAAAAUCCCUACAGAGCUGGAACUAGUAGCAUAGCGUAAUCAAACUGUGAGGAAACCCUUGAAUUGAAAGUUAUGCUGGGUUGAGUCUGAUAAUUUAUUAUCUUUGUAUGCCUCUUUUUUGACAUUUCUUGUCAAAUUCUUGCUCAUUGGAGAAAGCAAGAUUUAUGAA